UGCUAAAGAAGUGGGUGACAAGACCGAAGAGGGAAAAAGUUAUGGCAAUCUCGGCAUGGAUUUUCAUAGUCAGGGACAGUUCAAAACAGCAAUCGAGUACCAUCAACGUUGUCUAGAAAUUGUUAAAGAAGUGGGAGACAAGCACGCAGAGGGAGUCUGUUACGGCAAUCUUGGCAAUGUUUAUGGAAGUGUCAGACAUUUGGAAACAGCAAUGGAGUACCUUAAACGUAGCCUAGAAAUCGCAAUAGAGGUGGGAAACAAGGCAGAGGAGGGAAGAAGUUACUCUCUACUUGGCCCUAUUUAUUGGCGUCGCGGAGUGUUAAAAACAGCAAUUGAGUGUUUCCAACGUCACUUUGAAAUAGCCAAAGAAGUUGGAGACAGGACUGGAGAGGCAUGCUUACUUUGUUCUCUUGGAAUAAGCUUUGAGUGCCAAGGAAAUCUUAUCAAGGCCUUUGCCUGCUUUCAAUCGAGUGUAGAGUUGUAUGAUAACAUCAGGGCCAGUCUUCAAUUCAACGAUCAGUGGAAGAUUUGCUAUCGCAAUCAAUACCAAACGGCAUACAAAGGUUUAUGGCGUACACAUCUAGUUCAGGGUCAACCGAAAAGGGCUCUUCUUGCUGCAGAAAAAGGACGUGCCCAAGCUUUGAGAGAUCUCAUGGACACAAAAUACCAGCCGUCAGACUUUUCAAGUAGCAGCAGCUUGUGCCUUUCCCUGGGUUUUGUUCCAUCCAGCACAGUUUUUAUAGCUAUCAGUGGACCUUACGUUUACUUCUGGGUUUUCCUUAGUGAAGAUAAUUUCCAGGUGAGAAAGGUACAUCUGAACAAUUAUAAGUAUGAAGAUGAAUUGGAAUUCUUUAUCCAGCAACAGAACAAAACUGCCCUUAAGGAGAUUGGCACAAGAUAUGCUGUUACAUGCGGAAAUCCUUCACCUGACUCGCCAAAAGAGGAGGAAGCGGUGAGUGAUACGAUUCGAAUUGAUGUGAGAUACUCCCAAUCAUGUGCUCUACAGAAACUUUAUGACAUCAUCAUUACUCCUAUCGCUGAUCUGAUCGAUGGUGACGAACUUACAUUUGUUCCUGAGGGACCAUUUUGCCUUGUACCUUAUGCAGCAUUGGAGGAUUCGAAGUCAAGAUAUCUGAGUGAUUAUUUCAGUAUUCGGAUGCUUCCGUCCCUAACGACCUUACAGCAAAUUAAUGAUUGUCCACCUGACUUUCACAUGAAGAGUGAUGCAUUUCUUGUUGGCGACCCAUGUUGCAAAGAUAUCAUCUACCAGGGAAAACGGUUGAUGCUUCUUCCGGGAGCAAGGAAAGAAGUGGAGAUGAUCGGACGCAUCCUCAAUAUCUCCCCCCUCACUGGAGAAAUGGCAACAAAAGAUGAAGUUAUAAAAAGAAUGGCAUCGGUGGCGUUAGUACAUAUUGCAGCGCAUGGUAAAAUGGAAACUGGAGAAGUUAUCCUGUCACCAAACGCCACAAGGGAAAACCCUCAGCCUCGAGAGAAAGACUACCUGAUGACGAUGAAUGAUGUCCUAAAAGUUGGGAUGCGGGCACGACUGGUUGUACUAAGUUGUUGUCACAGCGCUCGAGGGGAGGUAAUGGCUGAGGGUGUGGUCGGUAUUGCGCGUGCAUUUUUAGGUGCUGGUGCUAGAUCUGUUGUAGCAACCCGUUGGACUAUUGACGAUGAAGGUACUCUGGAAUUUAUGAGUUUCUUCUACGAUGCACUUAUCAGGGGCAUGAAGACAAGUAAAGCUCUCAAUAAGGCCAUGAAGUGUAUGAGAGAAAUUGAAAAUUUCAAGGAGGUCAAGUACUGGGCACCAUUUGUAGUCAUUGGGGAUGACGUCAGCCUGGAUUUUAAGGAAAUUUAGCUGCUCAACCAGUUUCGGCAGUAAGCAUUGGAACUGUAUCAGAGAGGGGACGAAACCCGAAGAAGUUAACAGUUGCCUACAAUCGUUGAUGUUUGGAGAAGAAACCAGUUAGUUGCCGAUGAAAUUAUUUGUCAAGUCCUUUCUUUCAAAGCAGGAAGAAUCAAAAAACAACCAAAGUUAGACUUAGCAAGAGUCAUAAAGAAUUUGCAUUGAUUUAAAAAGUUGAUUUAUUACUUGUAUGAACUACUCUUACGAGCUUAAAGAAUUUUGAGGUGUUUUUAUCUUUGGUACCUAGCUCGAACUGAUUUAAACGUUUUCCUUUUUCUUAAUGCGAUUUCUGGAGAUUAUGAUGACUAGCUGUUUAAUAAUUAUACUUCUAAUCUAGCAGGGAUGAAGGUGUUACCUACAAUCAAAAUGAUGGGUGCUACUUUUAAGUUGAAAUCGCGUUGAAUUGAAACGUCUUGCAAACGUUUCCUACUUUUGUUUUUACGUAAUCGGCUGUUACUAUAUAGCUAGUAUAAGGUUAUCAAAGCCAUAUGCAUGUAGAGAGAAUUUCCAGAAAAUUUUUGAAGAAUAAUUAGUUGUCCGAUUGCUCGACUAUCUCAGUUUCACUCCAAUGAAAAUUGUGCCGCAAUCAACUUUUAGAAGAGUUUUACCUAGUUAUUGGUGAUCGAGGUUAUUUUUUGUGUCAGGAACAGUGCUCUAUUUCUCGACUCAAAAGGACAUAUUCUAACGUUAUGACCACAAUCUGAUUUUGGUAUUACGAAUGACUGAACAUAUUUUUUUCUUUUUCCUUGAAUGCGAAAAAGUUGUUCUCUUUUUACAAGCAAUACGAUAAAUUUUAAUCGUGCUGUUAAAACUAAUCGUAGAAGAGCAAAACGAGGGUCUAAUAAUUGUU